UCAAAAAGCCGUUGCAACUAACUCUCUCUCUCUCUCUCUCUCCCCUUUGAGCAUGGAAAUGCUGGUGAAGAAAUACCAGCAAAAGUACAGAAGAGUUAGAGAAGAAAUGAGUCGAUGGGACGAACUUCAAUCUCGAUUCCUCUCCCAAUUCAGAAACGCUUCUUCCAUCAUCCAAAGAUUGCCGGUGCUUGACGACUCAAGAAGUUAUGGGGAACUAACAUGUGUCCACGGCAUGAGAGAGGUUUUGUUGGGGAAACAGAUGGAGACCUUAGAAAUCAUUUUUCAUUCCAUUAGAGAGACUUUGAAAGAGUUUCAUGGCAUUGUCAUAUCCCUUGAGAAGACUGUGCGAGAUGGCAAGCAACUAUUGAAAGGGGGAUCCAUGCAGCCAACUGUGCAUCAGAUGCAAUUGCGAGUGGGGAUACGGCCAAGUCUUGCUGAUUGCGUGGAUGGGCUUAGAUCUCUUUAUGACAUGCACCUUGCAGAGGUUGAAGGACCUAAAAGGCAGCUAAGGGAAGACCAAAGAGGGCUUGGACUGAAGUGGUACAUGCUAAAGUCAUCGACAAUUUCAGCUUUGAGUCCUCAGACACUGCAUUCCAGUGGUAGUGAUCUGAGUGCUCUCCAUCAACUCCUGGCAGAUCAACCUAACAUCCCCAAAGAGGAAGUAUAUUUCUUGCAGUGCAGUUUAUUUUCAACAUUAUAUUUCCUGAAGAAAUUUGCUGACUUCCACCAUAUCGGAUCAAAGCAUGCAUUUAGGGUUGUGGCCAAAAGCUCGGAAGUAUUUUAAUAGAUGAUACCCUUCUAUGGAUUCAAGCUUCAGCUACUUCGGCCAGCCAUUUCUUUAAGGUGACAAUGCCCUGGUAGAAUGUUAGUCUUCUUGGGCCCUAGGUCUCCCAACUAAUAUUCUGCUAUGAAAUGUGUGUGGAUGGACUCAUAACUGAAACUUCCCAGCAGUUCAAGAAAUCACCAGUUCCAUGGAUAUCAAUGAAAAUGGAGAAGGUUUUUCAUCGA